AUGUCAGACAGCGGGGCGUAUACUGGCAAACCGUGUCCCGGAAGCAUGAAGAGCAUGGCUUUGCGGGACAACGGCCCAACGAGCCCCGCGGUCACCGUAUUCCGGAAGGCAGUUCCUUACGAACGGAGCGCCGGACGAGAAGGAACGUGCCCAUCUUUUGGGUUGGGGAUCUCAUCAGAUAUUGUGUUGCACUUAGCUUCUAAUGUUCGACAACACAAGAAUUAUAAAUUAUAUUUCGAUAAUUGGUUCACUUCUAUAAGCCUGAUGAUUGCGCUAAAAGAAAAAGGCAUUUUGGCAGUAGGAACAAUUCGAAGCAAUCGAAUGAAAAACUGUUGUCUUAUGAAUGAAAAGGAGCUCAUGAAAAAAGGUCGUGGAUCAUAUGAUUUCAAAUUUGAGGUAGCACAUAAUUUAGUUGUCUGCCGCUGGUACGACAACAAGAGCGUUCAGCUAGUCUCAAAUUAUAUAGCUGAAAAACCAGUUUCAGAAUGCAAACGCUGGUGUCGUAAAGAAAAGAAGUAUUUGAAUAUACCUAGACCUGCUAUUGUCGAGUGUUAUAACAAGCAUAUGGGAGGCGUAGACUUGGCUGACAUGUUGUUAGACUUGUAUAAAAUCAACCACCGUUCUAAGAAAUGGUAUAUGCGUAUUGUAUACUGGUGCCUCAGCACAGCAGUAGUCAAUAGCUGGUUGUUGUAUAGAAGAGAUCUAAAAAAUCACGAAGGAAGAACGAAACAUAUGUCGUUGUUGAAUUUUCAAUUGAUGAUAGCAAACGAGCUUCUACACGAUUCUGAUAUUACGCCAGUACACCAACGCAAAAGAGGCCGUCCAUUGGGAAUCCUUUCAAGCAUGCACUCAAAUGCACCGUCACCAGUGUCUCCAGCACCAUCUAACAUUUCAGACGUUUCAUUACAAAGUUCAUCGUCAUCAGCAAAACGAUCAUACAUAGCAGAACCCCCAAAAUCCAUGCGUCUCGAUCAAACUAGUCAUUGGGUUGAAUGGGGAGCAAAAGGAAGGUGUAGAUUAUGCCAUACCGGUAUUCCAAAAUCAAAAUGUUCAAAAUGCAAG